AUGCCGCCUUCGGGACGCUUCCAUGGACCUUUUGAUUUCUUCGCUGCCUAUUCUCAAGUCGAUCCUGAUUGGACACAACAGCUUGGUUUUGCCCAGGAUGCGCGGUUGGGGUUCGCGUCGUUUUGUUAUGCUGAGAUUGGUGUUCAUGCUCGGCGCGCAGAUCCUUUCGCUCGUGAGUCGUAUGCUCGAAACACACUGCAUCUCGGACCUCGCGUUGUGCGGUGUAUUUUGUUUGUUCUUUUGAACCUCAUCAUAUAG